CUAAUCACUCUGCGUUAGACCUCGAUCAUUUUCUCGCUUUUCAUUCGACCCGCCUCCAAUAGAAGAUGUAAAUAUUACAAUGGCCUAUUGCUAGGACGAAAUUGAAGAUCAAAAGGGAUAGAAAAAUCGGGAGACAGAGCUGUUGCGGGAUCAGAGUGCUCUUUUGGGUGACUUCACUGAAGUGUUAUCAAGAAUUGCUGAAGCAUUUGACGUUCAAUACAUGAGACAAAGAAAUUUGUAUAAUUGACAAAAGGCCAAGAGAUUUUAACACCUACUAUUACCAAGGUUUAGAACAGGCGCCGCGUAAGACCAAAAUCAUGUACGCAUAAUUUAUAUUAUGACGACCGGAAACGAAAAUAUCAACAAGAAUUCUGACGUUUGGUAAAAUGUACUGAAGUGGUUAUAAUGUUUCGUUAUCUCCAACAGAUAGUUUACAUUGAUCGUUAAGUUGGUAGCAUGUAUAUUGCAGGCGUCUGAUAGCACAGUGCAUAGUGAAAGUAGCGGGCGACUUGUUCGUUUGUUGUUUUCACUUCAUUGAGUUCGAACUGACUGACUGCAAUAUUGGUGGCUAUUUAAUUAUGUUUGCAUUUUCACGGGAUUGAUGUGGGUAUCUCGUAAACGUUUUCAGCCAGCCGACACCUCUAUCUGAGAUCGUACAUCCCGCGGAGUCUGUGCAAACACGCCUAUUGCCGUUCGUUGUGGUUCGUGAUUGGCCAGCGAGCGUAAAUUGGCCAAUCAGGUGACGAGAUCACUUCUUAUUGCUGUAAUAGUAUUGCGAGUAAAGGGGAGAGAAGGUUUUAGGCAGUGUGUGUAAAUGAAUUCGCUGAGUUUACAUAGGAAGCUGCAAGAGAACAACUAACGGGGACACAAAUCGCUCUCGAUGGUAAUAUAGUACACACCAUUGCCAAGUUGAGAAACAGUUAGUGGCUAGGCAUUACAGAUAGAGGUGAUCGUUACAAUCACUUCGUAUAUAUAAGUUGUGGAAUAUCUUGAUGAAGCAGUCUUGGCUCUCGGAAACCGGAAUGGCUUACGCUCCAAUCCUUCCACCUAGGCGAACAGAUUUCUCUGUGCAAACUAUUUUAACUCAGCCGCAGUUUUUUCCUGGUAUGAUACCAGGGCAUACACAUGGCAUCCCGAGCCCAUCCUCGUUUAGUUUACCUAAGCUUUCGGAUUCCCAUCACAACCCAUUUUCUCAUGAUUUGUUUACCUCCCAACGACCCUCAUUUAGGCCCUUUCCUUGCCUCGAACAACAGGAGAGAGACACUGAUGACCCUCAAGUUAUGUUGGAAGGAAAAGACCUAUGGGAUCAAUUUCAUAAAUUUGGAACUGAAAUGGUUAUAACCAAAUCUGGCAGGCGGAUGUUUCCAUCCUUCAAGGUGCGUGUAUCUGGUUUAGAUAAGCGUGCCAAGUAUAUACUUCUAAUGGACAUUGUAGCCGCCGACGAUUGUCGAUAUAAAUUUCACAAUUCCCGAUGGAUGGUUGCGGGCAAAGCUGAUCCAGAAAUGCCCAAGAGAAUGUAUAUCCACCCAGAUUCCCCCAGCACCGGCGAACAGUGGAUGCAGAAAGUUGUCUCGUUCCAUAAGCUGAAACUUACAAAUAACAUAUCGGACAAACAUGGAUUUGUAAGUACUCACACAAUAUUAAAUUCGAUGCAUAAGUACCAGCCUCGUUUUCAUAUUGUCAAAGCCAACGACAUUCUGAAGUUGCCGUGGAGUCAAUUCCGUACAUUCGUCUUCAGGGAAACGGAAUUUAUAGCAGUCACUGCCUACCAAAAUGAAAAGAUAACUCAGUUAAAAAUCGAUCAUAAUCCAUUUGCGAAAGGUUUCCGGGACCAGGGAUCCGGUAAAAGAGAGAAACGGUAUCAGUCGUCUGGGUUUGAUAUGGAUUCCAGAGACCCACAAGAUGGUGAAAGUGAUACAGAACCGGAAACUUCCGAAGUUAGUACGACGAGUAACGAACGUCACGACGAGCCAGUAAAACACACUCCAGAAGGAAUCACAAUCGAACACCAUAAUAGGAAACACGAAGAAACGAGAACAGAACAAAUAAAUGAAAAAUGCCAUCAAACAACAAACAUUAAAGAUACAGAAAUGCACGAAGUCACGAAAGAUGAUGAUGAAAAGUCAGAGAAAAAUGACAAAGAUGAUGAACCAGAAAAACAAACGAAAAUAUCUAAUGAAGAAGAACGCAAUUGUAGCAGUUCUAAAGACUCUAAACGAGCAGAAAUUAAACGACCGUUUUUAGAUGACGACUCUAGCACGGUUAGUUCGCGGCGAAAUUUAUUUCAGCCUCCACACUCUUCUCAACAUUCAGGAAUGGCACCUUUCUACGCAGGUGCGCACCCUCUGUUUCUUCACCAUCCGAUGGGUUUGGGAGCUGGAAAUGUUCCAGGACUCGGAAACAUGGCACAUUUGUUACCUUUCGUGCCAACAUCACUUGGACACUCACAUGCACCUCAUCCUUGCUUAGAUCCGCAAUUUGCCUUUAACGCUCAAAGCCAACUUGGUCUAUACUCGGAUCCUACGCUAGGCUCGGCUUACGCAGGAAAUCCCUGCGCUGGUGCAAUAAUAAACAGUCCAAGAUUCCGAUUUUCUCCAUACCCGCUUGGACUCGGUGCAAGUAUGCCAUCGUCAAUUAGCCCAUUGGCAACAUCAUUAGCCUACGAGAAUAUUUUGCGAUCAACAAGCAUUGCUGCUGGACAUUUAGGAAUCGGCUCGUCUUCGCCGAUAUCGAGUAAUUCAAGCACAUCAAACCUCACACCCUCAGCAUUGAGCUCAGCAACAAAUGAACUACAGAGCAUUCAGAAAAUGGUUAGUGGACUUGAGAAACGAGAAGUUGUAACUCCAAAAUAAAAAUAAUUAAAAAAAAGAAAAUGGUUACAUUUUCCAUACGCUAUAAGCUACAACUCAUGAGCACACGUGUCAAGAGGUCAGCCAGCGGGACGUGGCAGUUGUCGUCUGCUGGCUCGGCCAAGUCAGUGCCGUACGUCGUACACUUCAGUUUCAAAUGGUGCUAGGAAAAUACUAAUUACAGUACAAGAGAGGGAUCGUCAUAACAUUGAUAUUUGAUUAUGCUUAAUGCUCAAGUUGUGACGUAUCAUCCUUUGUCGUAAUUAGUUGGUUUGGGUACAAAAAUGAUGACGUAAUGUCUUAUUAGACUUUAGUGAUAACUUUUUGUGCUAAAUGAGAGUAAUAUUUAAGUAAAUGAAACUGUUGAUUUUAGUAAAGAAUAUUAUAUGAGUGACGUAAUUGGUGAUUGGAGUGAAUUCUUAUGAAUGAGCUAAAAAAAACAAAGAUCGAAUUGUGUUCGGUUUUGUUAAACUAGAUGUGUUGAUUUAACGUCUGUUGAUGAGUCAGCUACAGCAACAAACCUGUGCAAUUGAUAAUUUUUUAAAUAUAUGUUUGUAGUCAAAGAAACUUUUGGUAGGACAAAAUGACAGGAUCGUCGUAGAAUUGUAUCGGGUCAUAACAACGAUGCAUUCAGAAAACAACUAAAGGUGUCGUCACGCUCAGAUUCAAUUUUUAUGCGUCAGCCGUAAGGUGGCGCUUGUGUUAAUCCACACGGCGCUGUUAAGACGAGUUGUCGACCUCCCUCCGCCAACCAGUUUGUGUCCAAUCAUAAAAGCUGUAUAUACUUUAAGAUGAAUAUUUAUGUAUUGUUCUUGUACUAUAGUAAGCAAAACUAAACAGACCUAUUUAUACGAAAAAAAACAAACAACAAAGAUUAGCUUAACCAUUUUUGUAGAAAAACUACGAAUACAAUGGUAUUAUCUCUCAACACACUAUAAAGACGACUCUUUUACAGAGGACUAGAAUAGGCCUAACUUUGUCAUGACGUAAAGUACGUUGUUUUAAGGUACGUCACUUCUGUUUGAUGACGUCAUCACUCACUGUGCACAUUUUCACUGGGAUUUGAAGUAUCGUUUUCAAUAUUUCUUAUGGAAGACGUUACUUUUACAUCGUGUCUAUUAUAGUGAACCUAAUGUUGGACCUUUCAAACAAAAUAAUUGUGUUCCAAUUUAUAUAAAUGCAUAUUAUUUUUUUCUCCCAAUGGCUCAUAUUUUUUUCUGCCUCCUAUUAUUUCAAUUAUCGCUAACUUUAUGUCAGAUAUUUGUUUUAUUAUUGGAGAUUUUUAAUAGCUCCUUACAGAAAAUGUUUUUAAAUAAAAAAGAGCUCUGAAAUGGUUAUAUUCUCAUUAAAAUGAGGUUAUAUUAUAAAAAUAA